AUGGCUGAUAAUCAGGGGCUAAAGAGAAAGUCAAAACAUUCUGGUGAUCCGUCACGUUUCAAGCGGUGCGCUCACUCUUCCUCCUCCGAGGUUGAUGUUGACGUGGUGGACGAUACGCCAUUGCACAUGCCCCAGUAUGAGGAGCUCUUGGAGGUCGUAACUCGUGCGGCUCUGGUGAUAGAACAGGAAAUAGAAUCCCUGCUCAGGAAGGAGGCCAUCGAGGUGGUCCCUCCUCAGGCUGCGGAAUCUGGGUUUUACAGCUGCUAUUUCAUUGUUCCGAAGAAGGACGGGGGGUUGCGUCCCAUCUUAGAUCUGAGGGUCUUGAACCGCUCAGUCAACAGACUGAAGUUCAAAAUGCUUACCAUCAAGCAUGUGGUGACUCAAAUCAGAUCCGAGGACUGGUUUGUCAACAUAGAUCUGAUAGACGCAUACUUCCAUAUAUCCAUCCUUCCUCAACACAGGAAGUUUCUGAGGUUCGCUUUCGGGGGCGUAGCAUACCAAUAUCGAGUACUUCCGUUCGGCCUAGCACUCUCACUCCGCACAUUUACCCACAAGUGUAUGGAUGCAGCUCUGAUUCCACUGAGACUCCAGGGCAUCCGCAUACUCAAUUAUAUCGACGAUUGGCUGGGCCUGAUGGCAGCUGCGUCCAACGUGAUACCCUUUGGCCUGCUGUACAUGAGACCCCUACAGUGGUGGCUCAGGACCAAGGGGUUCUCCCCGAGGGGAAACCCACUCCGCAAAAUCAAAGUGUCACGCCGUGCAGUUCGGGCCUUAGACUUGUGGAGGAAUCCUUGGUUCCUGAAUCAGGGCCCAAGGUUAGGAGCUCUAUGUCGCCGUACCUCCCUUGCGACGGAUGCAUCCCUAACCGGUUGGGGCGCAGUGUUGAACGGGCGCCCGGCCCACGGUCUGUGGAGCGAUCACCACCAGAAGUGGCAUAUCAAUCUGCUAGAGAUGUUAGCUGUAUUUCGUGCUUUGAAGCACUUCCUCCCAGACCUGAAAGGUCACCAUGUGUUGGUGCACACCGACAACACAGCGGUGGUCUCUUACAUCAACCACCAGGGAGGACUGCGUUCGCGCCCCUUGAACAAGCUGGCGCACCAGAUCCUUGUGUGGUCCCAGGACAAAAUCUGCUCGCUGAGAGUGACCUACAUCCCUGGGCAUCUCAAUACGGGAGCCGACACCCUGUCGAGACAGGGGUUGAGGCCGGGGGAAUGGAUGCUUCACCCCGACGUGGUGAAGCAGAUCUGGUCGAGAUUUUACCAGGUAGAGGUCUUUGCUUCUCGAGGGAAUGCACAAUGUCCCCUCUGGUUUUCUCUAGUUCAUCCAGCUCCCCUGGGACUGGAUGCCAUGUCACAGGCGUGGCCAAGGCGUCGCCUGUACGCAUUUCCUCCGAUUGCCCUGCUCCCAGAAGUUCUGGCGAGAGUGCGCCAGGACGGAAUCAGACUACUGCUAGUAGCCCCGUUCUGGCCGGGCCGAGUAUGGUUCACGGACCUCAUCGGCCUAGUAGACGGUCAUCCGUGGGAGAUCCCCCUGAGGCCGGAUCUACUCUCUCUGGCGGAGGGAACAAUAGUUCACCCUCGCCCGGAGUUACUGAAGCUGUGGGUGUGGCCCCUG